UCUCGGGCUGGACGCGCGGCCCGGGUACUGGGCGAGGGGCACUCCCCGAGGUCGGCUCGCCUUGCUUCGGGGAGCCGGGAGUAUUGGGGAAAAAAGGGAGAUUCCGGACGUUUCUGAUCACACACUUGCAAAGCUGGGAGAGCCGUCUGCAGAUAACCAGAAUCCAUCGCUGUGUCGGAUUAGGAAUAAUGUAUUUGUGGCCUUGGACAUGAAGUAAUCAGUCCUCCGCUGUUACCAUAAGGUUGGGGACUGAUGAGGGAAGCAUGGACCUAAUGAACGGGCAGACUAGCAAUGUUAAUAUUGCAGCUACUGCUUCUGAGAAAAGUAGCAGCUCUGAAUCAUUAAGUGACAAAGGUUCUGAACUGAAGAAAAGCUUUGAUGCUGUGGUAUUUGAUGUUCUUAAGGUCACACCAGAAGAAUAUGCGGGGCAAAUUACACUAAUGGAUGUUCCAGUGUUUAAAGCUAUUCAACCCGAUGAGCUUUCAAGCUGUGGAUGGAAUAAAAAAGAAAAAUACAGUUCUGCACCAAACGCAGUUGCCUUUACAAGAAGAUUUAAUCAUGUAAGCUUUUGGGUUGUUAGAGAGAUUCUUCAUGCUCAAACAUUAAAAAUUAGAGCAGAAGUUUUGAGCCACUAUAUUAAAACUGCUAAGAAACUGUAUGAGCUGAAUAACCUUCAUGCACUUAUGGCAGUGGUUUCUGGCUUACAGAGUGCCCCAAUUUUCCGGUUGACUAAAACUUGGGCGUUAUUAAGUCGAAAAGAUAAAACUACCUUUGAAAAAUUAGAAUAUGUAAUGAGUAAAGAAGAUAACUACAAAAGACUCAGAGACUAUAUAAGUAGCUUAAAGAUGACACCUUGCAUUCCCUAUUUAGGUAUCUAUUUGUCAGAUUUAACAUACAUCGAUUCAGCAUACCCUUCAACUGGCAGCAUUCUAGAAAAUGAGCAAAGAUCAAAUUUAAUGAAUAACAUCCUUCGAAUAAUUUCUGAUUUACAGCAGUCCUGUGAAUAUGAUAUUCCCAUGUUGCCUCAUGUACAAAAAUACCUGAACUCGGUUCAGUAUAUAGAAGAACUACAGAAGUUUGUGGAAGACGAUAAUUACAAACUUUCAUUAAAGAUAGAACCAGGAACAAGCACUCCACGUUCUGCUGCUUCCAGGGAAGAUUUAGUAGGUCCUGAGGUAGGCGCAUCGCCGCAAAGUGGAAGAAAAAGUUUGGCAGCUGAAGGAGCCUUGCUGCCACAGACGCCCCCUUCCCCUCGGAACCUGAUUCCGCAUGGACAUAGGAAGUGCCAUAGCUUGGGUUAUAAUUUCAUUCAUAAAAUGAACACAGCAGAAUUUAAGAGCGCAACGUUCCCAAAUGCAGGGCCAAGACAUCUGUUAGAUGACAGCGUCAUGGAGCCUCAUGCGCCAUCUCGAGGCCAGGCUGAAAGUUCUACUCUUUCUAGUGGAAUAUCGAUAGGUAGCAGUGAUGGUUCUGAAUUAAGUGAAGAGACUUCAUGGCCUGCUUUUGAAAGGAACAGAUUAUACCAUUCUCUCGGCCCGGUGACAAGAGUGGCACGAAAUGGCUAUCGAAGCCACAUGAAGGCCAGCAGUUCAGCAGAAUCAGAAGAUUUGGCAGUUCAUUUAUAUCCAGGAGCCGUUACUAUUCAAGGUGUUCUCAGGAGGAAAACUCUGUUAAAAGAAGGCAAAAAGCCUACAGUAGCGUCUUGGACAAAGUAUUGGGCAGCUUUGUGUGGGACACAGCUUUUUUACUAUGCUGCCAAAUCUCUCAAGGCUACAGAAAGAAAACAUUUCAAGUCAACCUCAAAUAAGAAUGUGUCUGUGGUGGGCUGGAUGGUGAUGAUGGCCGAUGACCCCGAACACCCCGAUCUG